AUGUUUCCAAACUUCAGUAAAUUACGUUUUUAUGUGCGAAUUUAGCCUAUUAGUGUAAUUAAAAGAAAUGCCAAGGACAAGCAACAACCUGUAACCAUAGUAAGUAGCGCAAGUGCGACAUUUUUGUCAACUAAAUUCGGCAACCGAGGACAGUGGGUUUUGUAUUAUCCGACGCCCAAAACGCUCUCAAUAGAUUCUUGCAUAGAUUAUGUCCAUCCGUAUAAAUAGUGUUACGACGAAACAUUGAACAUCAGUCGGCUUUGACAGCUCGAAGUGAUCUUCUUACAGUGAAAUUAAACACAGACCACGUUCACAAUGAGAUCGAUGGUGGUGUUCGUUGCUGCGUUGGCGCUGGCGGCUGCCGCACCCAGUGGUGAGCCUGGCCUGACACCUCUCCUGCCGUGGUUGCUGCUGCGCCAGCGGUAGUUGAUGCUCGCUCGGUAUACUCUGCGCCCCUGUACGCUGCCCCCGCCGCUGUCUCUCACCAGUCACGCUACGAUGUGCGCAGCUCCCCGGCUUUGCUGACCGAACAGGUGUUGUCCCCUGCUGUCUACAACCAGCAGUUCGUUGCAGCGCCCGCUGUCGUUGACGCUCGUUCACUCUGGACCCCAUCUGUCUACGCCACCUCAUGGUAGACAUUGUAAUUAUAUAACAUAAUCAGAUAUUUUUUUUUCUUGGCACAUAUCGUUGAAUCUAUUUAAACCUAUUAAGUUUGGUUCUUAAACGCUUCAAAUAGAUGCAGUGAUUAUGCUUAAAAGUUCAAUUAUGCUACUAUUUCAAAUAAAAGAUUUUUAUUUCAAAAUGUAUUUUCAA